AUGCCGGGGAAACUGAGACGCAGCAGGCGGGAGGUGCUGGGGAAGAAGCAGUGGCAGAGCCUGGAGGAGAGGGGAAGUGCCCAUCUGGGGCAGCCCAAGCUCACCAGAUCCAGGACCUAUGAGUCCUCUUGCAAGGAGACAGAGCAGGCAGCCACGGGCACGCAGGGACCCCCAUCCCCCUCGCUGAGCAAGCAGGACAGCAGCUACCGCCGAGCCUUCGGGGAGCUCGCCGAGCAGGACGUGCUGCUGGGCUGCUUCUCGUGUGCCUGGCAGAGAGAGGUGCCCUACCACGGUCGCCUCUACGUGUCCUCCCGCCACAUCUGCUUCCACUCCAAUCUCCUGCUCAAGGACAUCAAGGCCAUCGUCCCUGUUGACUCCGUCUCAGCCAUCAAAAAGACCAACACGGCGUUGCUGGUGCCUAACGCAGUCAGCAUCCGCACGGCAAAGGGGGAGAAGUUCCUCUUUGUGUCGCUGCGCCAGCGAGAGGCCACGUACCAGCUCCUGAGGUCAGUCUGCAAACACCUGCAGGUACGCGGGCUGGAUGGGGAGGGGGGGCUCCAUCCAUCAAUUGCAGGGCACCUCCCUUCAUCUCUCCUUGUCCAGGACAGCGGCCAGAGCCCUCGAAACUCAGUGAACAAUGAGGAAACUCUUAGGAAGUCUCAAAUCUCGAGCUUUUCAGACCUGGAGCAGAGCACCCCGGAGCCAAACAGCCUCCACGAAUCCCUGGAUGAGCCAAACCCAAGAUCAAGGCAAGCAGAGGACGAGGAUGAUGGGGUGGCCCUACUAGUUCCCAGCAGCAGCGAAUGGGUGCCCUCAGCAGAGUCCUGUGGCCUCUGGGGGGGACCUUACACCGUGCUCCAGGCCUGGGCUACUGCACUUUGGUCCCGGAUAAACCCCCAGUGGAGCCCUCUCAACAUCAUCAUCAUCAUCUACCUGCUGCUCAUGGUGGCCUUGCUGCUGUCCUCGGGGUACAUCGGUCUGCGCAUUGCGGAGCUGGAGCAGCAGCUGGCGUUCGUGGGGGCUUGGCCACAUCUCAACCUGUCACAGCAGUGA